UACUGUAUAUAUCUAUAGUUGGGUGAUAUGUAAUCAGACUGCCUCAAAUGUCUUACAUGGCUUUUAUGCAAAUAUUUUUUUGUAAAGCUAUUUCAGAUUCCGUUUUAUUUUCACUUCACUAAACACUGAAUUAAGGAUUCGAAAAGAGGAAGUAGCCUUUUUUUUAAGCAAGACAUGAAUUUGCUUAAUUUUUUUUUACUAUAAAGCAUCUCUACAUCAAUCUUGUGGUGUAGCAACCGCAGUGCUUUUCAUAAUUCAAGGCACAGCAAAUAUUUAGAGCCCUGUGAUAAAAUACUGGGAUCCUCAUGUUGAAAAUGUUAGAGAGGGAUAUUGAGCUGUCAUGUUUAUGGUUUUAUGUUGAUUACUUGCUUUUAUGUUUUAUGGAUAAAAUAUCUUGAUAAGGGUUUUUCUGGCAUGAUAUUAAAUGUCCUUCUCUUUUAGACCUUAGCAAUUGCUCUGAUGAAAGUGCAAAGGUGAAAAGAGGCAUAAACCUAUAUCAGACAUAAACAACCUUCUCAAUUAACUUGGGACACAUAAAGUUACUCUAUUUCUGCUCCAGGUGAUUUGGACUGUUGAUGGCACAACAGUAUUUCUGUGUUUGAGUUUCAGAUACAAAUAGAGAAAAGUGUAUACAAGUCACGUUUUAUAAAUAUGCAGACUUACUCAAAAAGAGAAGUGCUUGCAGCAUUAACUUAAGUUUCUAUUAGCAUCAGAACUCUCUUGGAUAGUUAAAACAGAAGAAAGCAUGUCAUAAGGUAUUACUUCUAAACAUGUUUUACACUAAUGGUUCAGAAAGGAAACCUAGCCACAAAGUGUCUUGUUUUGAAACCUGCCUCUGCCUUGAAUAAAAAAAUGAAUACAUUGUCCAUACCUUUGGGAUAAAUUUGGAUAUGCCAAUCAAUUUAUUGUCCAUUCGGCAUAUUGCAAACAACCAAAAAAUAAACUUUAACAAACGUAACUUAGUCUUCAUAAACAAAAUAUUUUACAUUCCAGACAAACUGUUACGAGUCCUGCUUAACACAGCACAGACAUGGUCAAAACAUUUGUUUUACUUUUCAUUGUGCACCCUGUCUCUAAUCAAUACCUCACCUAAAUACACUCAAAAUAAUAAAAAAUUACAACUCUGUAUAAUGGCUCCAACAUAGUUUCUACAAAAAGAAAACAUUUUCUGUGUGUAUCAUAUAAUGACAUUCUGGUCUCUAGAAAUGCCUUGGGUCAUUUCUUUAAAGUCAGUCAAAGGGAUUUGAUGUGCUACGAGACCAAAAGUGAAAGUCUGAUUACAUAUAAAAUAAUAGCACAUCUCCUCAACAAAAAAUAUUACUUUUUAUGUCUUAUAUUCAAAACCUCAAUCCUACUUGACCGAUAAUCAUUUGUUGUGUAUUUAAACCUUUUAGAGCACCACAUAUUGUGUGCUCUAAAAGAGUAUUAUGCAAUAAUAGGGUAAUGAUUAUCUACCAUUUGGCAGGCUACUGGAUCUGGAAAAGAGUAGGCUAAUUGAGAUUGAAAUUAAAUAAAAAUGGUUAACAGAUACCCAUCCAUUGCCACAUUACAACUUCCUCUGGCUGACCUCUGCUACCCAACUGUGUUACCACGUACGUUUGACCAUAAAUUCAAACACGGGCGCUUUAAAUAGUUACCGCCUCAAAGUCCCGCCUCCAGGCCUGUAGCCAUUGGCUCGACGUUUUAGUUAGGAAGUUUUAAUUGGAUGCUGAGCUGACAUUUAAAAAAUCCGGAACUAAGCAGCUGUAAACAACCGCAGAGUGUUCUUUGUAGAAACGAUAUAUAUUUUUAGAUCGAUUCAACAUGCCGACCUCCCCUGUGAAGACACGUAUUCCGCUGACAAGUUUUGGUCAUCUUAUUAGCGAAGUCAAGAGACAGCUCUUUGGGAUUGAUGCACCGACCCCAACAGAACUGACAGGAUGGAGGAAACAUUUUAACAGCUACACAUUACGAGGACGCAGGAAUUUUGUUCUUGCCACAUAUGGUGUUUUUGCACUCACGGCUGCCGUCUACAUGAUGAGACACAGCAGGAAGGAGGAACAUGAAACAGCAUCUGCCUCAUCAUAAACUACAAAUAGAAAGUUAAAGGGGGUUAAGAAUACAAUAAAUUAUUCUGCAUCACUACAUGAGUGGACCGUGGUUAAUGAAGCUCGUGUUUCUGCAUGUAACUGGUCAGAUGUUUAAUUUUUCUAUCAUGUACACGAUUGUCAUUUAAAAAAAUAUUAAAAGUCCCAAUAAAAUGGGAGUAGUGACAGAACUGUUCCUCUAUACUGUGCUGUACAUCCGAGUGUAACUUGGUUGUAUGCAUCAAGUGUUAAUUGAAUGUUGAAAUAUAAAUGUUGGUUGCACUCAUAAGUGAAUGAAGAUGAACAUGAGUUUGAAGGACAAGAUUUACGCGGAUGAAGUAACCGCUUUCGUCACCGAGAGAAAAGUCUAUCGCUUGGGAACAAUACUUCCAUGCUUGAUGUAUGGUAAACAAUAAAACCUAUAACAUCGAUUUCGCAUAUAAUUUCAUGCAGACUAUAAUGUUUUUUAAUCUUGUUGUAGUUGUUUUAAGUCUCUGGUGGUUUGCCAGUAGAGUGCAGUGUAAGCUUAUUACCAAGUACAUUUCUUGGAACCCGUUUGCAUGGUCUGUUCUAAAGGCAAAUUUUGUGGUUAUUUUAACAGCUGUUGGUUUUAGGUUAGUGAAACUAGCUGGUCAGAUAGGGAUGUUUUCCUGUAAAAUGAAAUGUUUAGAAAUGAUUUCAGAAAUAACAGUGCUGUUGUAAUGUGUUUUUUUUUUCCUUUUAUCCUGCUUUUUGUUUCAGGAUGAUCAUGCCAGUUCAUCGUAAUCAGGUGUCAUUCUGAAAGUGAAUCUUCGUUGAACCUAAUUAUUCUGAAAUCUACACUAUUACAUUAUUAUGCUAAUCAACAAAUAACUGAAGUACUAUCCAUUUUCUUUAAUACAAUAUGCUUGUUUUCCUCUUUACGGUGUUAUACUAUACAGUUAUGCCAACCAUGUCUCUCUCUGACUGUCAGUAUUUAAAUCUUUUAUCUUUCAGAUAUUUACACCUACUUAUGACACGAUCUAUACCUAGGUCAGCUAAAGUGAAACUGAAAUGAAAAAGCAGCUGUGUGCACCAAUGGUGGGAUGUGGUAAAUCUUUUUUUUUUUCCUAUGAAGUUAGAGCAGUAUCCUACUCAACUGCAAAAUUUUAGGUGAUUGUGCAAGCAGUUGAUGUCAGUUGCAUAAGAUCUCUGGUAUUUUGGGGCUCAUCUCAUCCUUUUAAAGGUCCUUCAGGUGAAAAUACAACUGGAUUCAUCUGCAGUACAGUGCAAGGCGGCACAUAAUCAUUCAUCUAUGAUUUAGGACCAUGGAGGAAUGGUAUGAGUGGGCCCUGAUUCAGAAUGGUCCAGCACAAUGACACUGACCAUGCAGAUGCGCAACAGGGCCCAUCCAAGCCGGCCGAGUCCCCUAAACCCUGUACUGUCCCACCGACACACUUUCACCCCUUUCGGGACCAGCAGGAAUGUGACCUCAUCACCCAGUCUGUGGAAUACUUGAACCACAGUGGAUUUUACUGGGGUCCCUUGGAAGUAGAUGAAGCCCACGCUCGACUUGCCAAACUUCCUCUCGGGACAUUCCUGAUUCGGGACAGCAUGCAAGCAAAUGUUUUCUUCACUCUCAGCUAUCAGUCUCCCGAGGGCCCGACCAGUGUGAGGGUGCUCCUGAAGGAUGGGGGAUUCAGCUUAGCGGGCAGUAAACAUACUUUCACUUGCCUUUUUGACUUACUAGGAUACUAUAUUGCAUCCCCCAAAAAGAGUCUGAGUAUGCCGUAUCGUGGAGAAAUGCCGCAGAGCUUGCAAGAACUGGCGAGAAGAGCUGUGGUGGGGAGCUUUGGGAAAGAUAGUAUUCAACAUCUUCCUGUGAGCAAGAAACUUAAAGAAUUUCUGUGGUUGUACCCUUUUAGUAUAUGAAUGUGUAUAGUUCAUAUGAAGAUGUUACAGAUGUUGCAGCUCUAUAACAAAGUACGAUUUAUUGGAAACAAUGCAUUUCAUAUGGCGGGGUCACAUUAGCAAUUUCACUGGGCAAAAACAUGUCCUUUGUUCAUUGUCAAUAAUGCCGAUUUUGCUUAUUACAAUUAUUACAAACAACCUGAACACAACUUUACGGUGGUUGUGCAACAAACUCAAUUCAUGCUGAUUUCUUUUUAAUGACAAUGUGACCAUGCCUAUAUGAUUCUGUGCUCUUCAUUGACCCAACUAGAACAUGUACUGUAUUUAUGUGUAGUGAUUGUUUGGAUUAUUUUACGAUAUUAACAAUGCACUACAAAACAUUUUUAUUAUUAUAAUUUGUUCAAUGCGCAGUAAGAACAGGGCAACACCACCACAAGCCUUCAAUUGCUUUACAGCAAUUCUUCUGGUACUGGGCCAGUGCAAAGUUUAAAUAUUUGUAAAAUGACAGAAUUAACUAUUCAGUUACCUUUACAUAGUAUUGUCUGUCUUUAUAUAUGAAUGUAAACCACUGACCACAACGCACUGUUGAUGUCAUUAUCAGUAUGAACGGUUGAAUUAUUUUGAUGUAUUGGUACAUAUGUGUAGGCUAUAUAAUCUGCUAUGCAGAAAUAUGCAUUUCACCUAUAGUGAGGCAAGGGUUUCAUUUGUUUAGGAUUGCUUUUUAUUAUUAAAGAUAAAUUAUUUGAGGUGAUUUGAAGUGGAUUUUGCUGUCAUCUCUCUAUGACGAUUUCUCUUUCAUUUCUUUUGUUCUAACGGAUAAGUUUCUUGUAAUGUGGCCCAACCCUAAAAAGAAUCAGUAACCUCUCUCAUACAGACUUUACAGAAACGGCCCCAUCUAGGGGAAAAUAUGAGUUCUAUAUGCAUCAGCCUACAUCGGAAAUGUGUUAAGCAAUACAUUUUUCUUUCUCCUCAUUUUACACUUAUACAAAAGUAUGACUAUUUAUUAAAAUGAUCUGAUUUUGAAAUUUGCCGGUUUUGCAUGUCAUCAUGUGCUUGUCAGGCCAUCUGUACAUGUUUAAAACAACUGUGUUCAUGUUGUGCAUUCGUCUGUAUUUUCACAGCAGAAGCAGUACUGAAGCAGAAUCAUAGGUUGAAAUCACAAACCAUGCACCGACCACUGUGCUUAUUGAAAUCACACCCUAAUAGACAAAAACAGGAAAACAUUUGUUUUCCUCCAUAUCUAUCUAUUUUUUCUAUCUACCUUUGACAAUUCUUUUGCGUAAUAAAACAGAAAGUUA